AUGAAUAUGUUGGAUGAUGAAGAUGACCAAAGCUUUCACGCUACGCGUGACGGCUACUCCCAUUUGAGCGAUGUCGAAUGGGAUGCGAUUGAACGGAUAGGUUCAACCAUGGGCAUCCAUGCUGUUAGCGUCAUGCUAGAGGCUCUCAAUAGAGAUGCCCAACAUGCUACUAUCGCCAAGUUCAUUCAAAAUGAACUUGACGCAGAACGCGAGAAAGUAGCCUUGCUUCACCAACAAGGUUCUCAACAAGCAGAGUUGUUGAGAGAACAAGGUGCUCAACAGUUUGAACUGUUGAGACAGCAGCAGGCUGCUGCUGGCGGGUCGAUGCACUCGCGUCGGCCCGAGACUUUGAAGAUUGACAUCUCAAAGUAUAGGGGGGUCGAAGAAGACUCCCUCUUGAGAUGGUUCGUCGAAUUGGAUGACGCCAUAAGGGCGCGUCGCAUCGACGACGGGGAUAUGCAAGUUGCAUUUGCCCAGUCAAAUCUGGCAGGACGUGCCAAGACUUGGGCACUGGGGCUCAAGCUGCACGACCCAUAUGCGUUUGGGUCGUUGGAAGUCUUCAAGUCGCGGCUCAGACAAACGUUUGAACCGCCUAGAGCUGAGUUCAGAGCUCGAACCGAACUCUUGAAGCUCAAGCAGGGUAAGCGUGAUGUGCACGCUUACGCUCAACAUAUACGACAUCUCACGAGUUGUAUAAGUUCCAAUCCGGUGGAUGAACACACGUUGGUUUCGGUGUUCAUGCAGGGUCUUGCGGAUGGUCCCGUCAAGACUCACCUGUUCCGGCUUGAACUAGAUUCACUAGAACAAGCCAUUUCAAUUGCGGAGCAGGAAGACUUCAGUCUGAGACAGGCUCGCGCCAGCUCGACAUCAUAUCGUCAACCGAGACGAUAUGACAACGGAGGUCCAGAGCCGAUGGAACUCUGUUAUGUAGAGAGCGAGAAGGCUCGCUCUACAGGCUACAAGAAGUUGCAGAGAUGCAACAGAUGUCAAAAGACAGGACACUACGCUUACGAGUGUAGUGCCCCUCGUCCAGUGUCUCGCGACACUGGGCGUAGUGACCGUCCACCCAUGAGAAAGGGGCAGGGACGAGGGUCCGCAGUUGGUGCAAAGACGCACAACGGGAUGGACCGUCAAAAAACGGACAGGAUCAGUAAUGAGAUCUCACUCAUUACCUUGAAACUCGAAGUGACGAAUAAGUUGUCCCUUCGAGCUCUAGUCGAUUGUGGGGCGUCCAACAAUUUUGUGCGACGCCAAUCGCUAGAAGAUGGUCACUUUAAAUUCAGUGAAUGUGACACACCUCCUACGAGGAUGACGGUACGUCUUGCGACAGGCGCAUCCGUAACCGUCAUGAAGCGUAUAGUGAAGAUUCACUAUACGCUAGAAGAUACCCAAUACGACGAUGACUUUAUCGUAUUGGAUUUGGAUGACAAAUUUGAUGUCAUCCUUGGAAUACCGUGGCUCAGAAGGUACGAACCACGGGUAAACUGGCAACAUCGGACAGUAACGAUGCCUGCCGCUUGUUCAUCAGAUGGCCAUCUGAUGAACGUUUUGGAGCGUCCACAAGCGUGUGGAUGUACUACGAGUGAGUGCGAUGGCCUCACUUGUGGUACGGUCGUUAGUACGACUGCACAAAACCUUAGUGUACCAAACGGUUACACUUCGGAGCAAAGUUCCGGCGGCUGUGAGGAAACACAGGCUGCGCCGAAGGUCCACCACUCGAAUAAGUCGGGUGGACUGGGACAAAGAUGUAUCCCUAGAGGGGAACAUCUAGAAGAGAAACAAUCGAUCGCUCAGGUUAAGCGAAACGAUAAUCCUAGAUCGACUGGAGAGUCUUUCGUAGAGGAUCUCGCUGUGGUUGCGCAACCCCAGCUAGAGGAAGUAAAGGGAAUAAGUCCCAAGAUUACAAAUACGGCGGAAAUAAGUUCCCCGAAACCCGCGGGAAUAAGUCCCCGGGAAGACGAAGGAAUAAGUCCUUCGAAGCCUGAGGGAAUAAGUCCCCAGGAAAUGACAGAGACAUUGAAUGUCAUAGUCAAUAACGGAUCAUGUGUAGGCGCUUAUACACUUGAUCUGAUUGCGCCUCCGAAGUUAACUUCGGAGAUCACUCAGUUGCCAACGCUCGAACAUAAAAGGUUCUUGCGUGAUCUGCGUAGUGGCAAAGUCAAGCAGAUCUGCAUACUCGUCGCUGACGACGAGUAUGUAACCGACAUAAGGUCAGCAACAGUGUUUACUGAGAACGAGAGAGUUCUCAGUAGUUCAUCUAUGGACGAGAGUGUCCUAGAUGAAAAGACACGAAUUGAGCGAUAUGAGUCCCAAUCAUGGGAAUCGCUCAAGAAAAAUCCUCUCUAUGAAGAUUUGGUUGAAUUCAAGGAUGUAUUCCCUGAAACUGUUCCGUGCGAAUUACCGAAGGAUAAAGGUAUUCGACACGAAGUCGAGCUUAAACCAGGCUCGAAGUACUGUGUCAUGAAGCAGUGGCCACUGCCUCGUGAACAAGUACUUGCGAUCGACAAGUUCUUUGCCGAUCGUUUAGCAGCGGGCCAUGUGAGGGAAUCAACUUCCCCACAUAGCUCUCCGACCUUCUGUGUGCGAAAAGCAACAGGAGGGUGGCGGAUAGUGCACGCGUUUAACAAAUUGAACGCUGCAACGGUACCGGCUCAGACGCCGAUACCGAGGAAGGACGUAAUCAUUGAUGGUAUGUCAAAGAGUACCAUCUUUUCGUCCAUGGAUUUGAUGGAUGGCUUCUAUCAAAUCCUAAUGCGGGAACGGGAUAUACCCUAUACCGCAGUUAGCACGCCUAGUGGCAUGCUCUGGGAAUGGCUAGUAAUGCCACAAGGGCUCAGUAAUGCCCCUGCCACGUUCAACAGGUGUGUAUCACAUCUGUUGAGGCCAGUACGAGAAUUCGCGCCGAGUUAUUUCGAUGACGUAUUCAUCCAUAGUCGAGCUAUGGAUGGAAAGUCGGACGUUGAGGUUCACAAGUACCACGUCCGACAAGUUCUUACAAUCAUGCGAAAGCAUCAAUUGUAUGCAAACCUCAAGAAGUGUAUAUUUGCAGCAAGCGAAAUACCACUUCUUGGGUGCAUCGUUGGUAAGAACGGUGUACGUCCUGAUCCCGAAAAGAUCAAGGCGAUCACCGACUGGCCCGUGCCGGUCGAUGUCAAAGGUCUUCGAAAAUUCCUUGGCUAG